CACGCCCUCCCCGCAGGUGAGGCCUAGGCCCAGGCUCGGGGUGAGAGGCUUCAGGUAAAGGUGGAGGGAGAGGCCCCGGGACAUGGGAAGGAGCAAAAGCAGAGCCUCGGCGCCCGAUCAAGUCAGCAACAGGUUUAUUAACUAAACCCUGAGGGAGCUGGAGGAAACGAGGGGAAUGAACCUACAAAAACAACCCUGAAGUAAUCUGGAGCAGGAAUUACUGGAGAAACUCAACAGCAUCUGCGGACAGAGAGAGAGAGAGAGAGAAAUCAGUUAAUGUUUCCCAGUGACUCAACUAAUUUACAGUGAACUUCAUCCACAGUCACUAAUUCAACUCCAACUAACUAACCCAUUGGUAAACUACAGCUUGGGCAUCAUUAACUAAUCACUAAACUAGUGGAACUGAUCAAACUAACCUGGCAGGUGAUUGAAGUUUCUCUCUAAACCUUAGAAAUUAAUCAAACUAACCAAUCAUAAAAUCGCUGUGACAAAUCAAACGAUUGGAACUGAUUAAUUGUUGCGAUUGUUCAUUAAACUACUUGAAUUAACCAAACCAUUUUUAUUGACAGUAACUAAUUGUUAACCUGCUGGCAGUUAUCAUUAACUAAUUUAUCAAGCUGCCAUAGCUAAUCCAUUGUCCUGAAUAACUAACUUGCCGGAACUGAUCAAACUGCGGUAACUAAUCAUGCGUGAUUGAUCUGUUAGUGCCACCAUGUUAAUCAAUAAUCUAUAGAAAUAAAGUGCAAGGUGUAACAUAACCAGCAAAACUAACUAGUACUAACUUGCAGUGGAGAACCAAAAUCUCAGCAACUAAUGAAGCUGCAGUAACUUAUUGAAAUGUGGUAACCACGUCAAGAAAAUAUUAACCUCAGUGACUCAAACUGAAUGCCAAUAACUGAGCAAUUGGUCACUUAACUAUGUACUAACCUAUCCUGAUAGGGGAGUAGUGUAAAAUACAGUGAACACAACUGACUGAGUUGCAAAUUGUGCUGGUCACUGCUUCAGUAUUUUGGGUAAUCUGACUGAGACCGCAAUAGAGUGAGUUCUCUGAAGCCGAGCGAGAGCUGACAGUUUGUCACCAUGCAGUGAGCACUCAUCUUCCUGUUAAUCUCUUGGUGGUUAUCAGGACUUGAUGGAGGAUGGGGAGAUGGGACAGAAUCACGUUCAAGACGUGUGCCAAAAAUUCCAGGUUCUGGAAGAUCGAACAGUGGCCCAUGUGCUGCAGGAAGAAGAGAUUGAACAGCAUCUCUGUGCCAACAAGCUGAGGAGCCACCGAGUCCGCCUCAAUCUCCAGGUGGCAAAGAGACUGCAGGAGGAGGAGGAUGAGAGGAGCAGGCAGCUCAGACGGCAGCUCCACAAGUACAUCGAGAGCAUGGAGAGCGAUUACCCUCGGAUCAUCCAGGAGGAACGUCAGCGAACAGAGGCCAGCAAACAUCGGAGGCUCCAGCGCGCACAGGAGAACAGCGGCAGGUUGCGAAGGUCUGAGAGGGGGAGAGGAGGACACAUCGAGGACCGUGAGGAUCAGAAGGAGCCCGCGAUGGGGAGGCACGAUUCACCGGAUGACUGGAAUCUUCCUGUGCGGCGAGAAUUUUCCCAGCAUGGGGGUCAACCCCGGUCACGCAAGCCCCUUGUCUGGAGUGAGUUGGAGGUGGGCGCUGGAUGGUACCAGAGUGUGGCUGACGGAGACGAGGGUUUGGAGCGAGAAGCCGGGGAGAGGGACCACGAUGAGUCUCCUCGGAAACUGCCGUUCACCGAGCGACUGGGCAGCGGCCCAUCUCUGAAGUGGACCCUCGGCCAUGUUGGACAGGCAUCCCAGGCCCUCUCAGAGGACGCCCCUGGUGCCAGGCCGCUGCCCACUGACGGGCUCCAUGGAGCGGCAAGGGACAGGGAAAGAGCCGGCCGGAGGCGGGAAUAUAGGUCAGAACUGAGUUAUACCGAGGGCAGCGAGCGCCGAGCACCGAAGCCUGCCCGCUCUCGCGCAAAGGAGGGAUCUGAUCCCUCCGGGGCGUUCCUUGGCUCCCAUCCCAGCGAAGGCCCUGACCUGACUCGAAGGAGCGCCUCCGAUUCCGAGUCUCACACAAAGCGUCGGAAACGGAACCGGCUCCCCGAGUCCCGGGCCAGGUCCGAGGUAAGCCAUCGGCCCAUCUGGGCCCAACACAGAGACCAAGGGCUGUCUGAGCCCCAGGCUUGGGACAGGAGGAGGCAGGACCCCAUCCGACACCAACCCCGAAGCCAGGGAAAUGCCAGGCCAUUGGAUCCCCCGCGGGAUCCUCACGGCCAUUUGGAUAUCAAACCCACAGCCAAUCAUCUCCACCCUCCACUGGAUCCCAAAGAGCGGCCAGAACGGGAAGGGAGACUGAAGGAAGCGAAUAAACAUCAAUCAUUGGCUGUUGAAGACAGGAAGAAGCAAAACCAUCGUCCAUUUGUUGCUGGUGACCAACAAACUCAUCAACCGUUGGCUGUCAGUCAGAAGCUUGCCCCUCACCCAUUGGCCAUCGGUGAAAGCCCCACCCAUUAUCCACCACGCACCAAGGGCAAAGUCAAACAGGUCCAUUUCUUAUUGGAUGCUGAAGAGAGGGUAAAGCCUGUCCAUUGGCCAGGGGCCAACAAUCAAAAGCCAGUCCAACGUCCGGUGGAUCUGAAGCGGAAGGAAGCCCAUUGGCCGAUUGCCAGCAAGCAGAAGCAUGCCCAGCCUCCAUUGGCUGUUGAAGAGAAGGGAAAGCAUGCCCAAAUUCCAUUGGCUGUCAAAGAGAGGAAACUCCCAUUGCACUCCAUGUUGGCCAAGAAAAAUCAUCUCCAUUACCGCCUGGGCAAUAAAGAGGCGGACGCCAUUAUUGAUUAUGUAUUGGAUAAACGGAAAGGAAAAGAUCCAAUUUCCCUGAGACACCUCAGCCAGUCACCUCCGGCUUCCCAAGGGAAUCAGUCUCUGGAAACGGACAGAGGGGAUCUUGUGGGAAUCUCUUCGAACAGUCGACGGAUCUUAUCUUCCCCAUUGGUUGGUGACCCUCGCGAGGAUCGCACAGCGCCAGCUGGCCUGGGCGCACAGGAAGAUACCACCAGCAGCAAGGCGUUGUCCCCUCACUUGGCCGACACUCACCAGAGAGAUGAGCCAGCACCAAGGGCUACAAACGGGCGAGAGGCCAAGAGUUGCCCUUUACAACUCCAGGCUCGAAAGGUGCGGGGAGAACGGCUGAUGGAGAACGUGACUGACAGGAAGUUGCCACGCAGCCAGCGGCAGGAGUCUCACUGGAUCAGAGACCACGAGGACGGUGCCAGGAAGAGAUUGGGGAGAAACCGAGCUGGUCGCAGUCCAACAGCUGCUUCAUCGAACCGACAUGGGAACAGGCUCCACGCAGAGGGCUGUGAAGAGCUAACCACAUUGGGCUGUGUGUCUGGAGUCACCUGUAGGGCAGACAUGUGGCAAAUUCCAAUCCUUAAAGGGGCAUGACUGAUCCAGGUAGGUUUUUCCAACAAUUGGCAAGGAUCAUAUGGUCACCGUUCAGCUAGCUUUUUAUUGCAAGAGUUUUUCAACCUCUAUCAAGGAGGGAUUAGGAGCCCAUGUCCCAAAGACACUGAUCUGGAGUUCUGGGUUGGUCGUCCAGACGUUACUACAGCACCCCCCUAAGGGUAGGAGUGGGUAUGGGACUGGCUAAGGGAGCUGAUGCAGGGUCGGCUUGGGACUGAGUAUGGGAGAUGGCACAGGAUCAGUCGGAAAUCAAACCCCACUAUGUCACAAGUAUAAUAAUUAGCAAUUUAAUCACUUGGACGGUUAAAUUGCCAAGCCUUGCUGCCUAGAGAAAUUCCCACCUGGUUCCAACAGAAAGCAGGAAAGUAAAACUUAUUUUAACAGACUUCUCCUCGAACCUGUGGCAA